AUGUCAUUUGAAAACGUUUGUAAAGAGAAAUGCGCAAUGCCAGCCUUCAGUCCACAUAAGCCGAUAACAAUAAAAUUGAAAUUGCGAUUGAGUCAAAUUAUUGAUGUGCAUGAAAUUGACCAAAUUAUGUCAUGUUCUGUAUGGCUGAAGCAGGUAUGGAUUGACAAGAGAUUGUCAUGGGAUCCAAAAAGCUAUGGUGGUGUCAAUGUUCUUUACGUUCCUUAUGAAAUGAUUUGGGUGCCGGACAUCGUUCUCUACAAUAAUGCCGACUCUUAUUACAACAUCACGAUUUCAACAAAAGCAACUUUGCAUUUCACUGGUCAGGUCACUUGGGAGCCACCUGCGAUUUUCAAAAGCAUGUGUCAAAUUGAUGUCAGAUGGUGCGCUACUUGUCAUUACAUCCAACCAAAACCUUUUUAUAAGAUCAGACCUGCUUUUUUAAAGCGUACACGCAAAAUCCGGCACGCUAGAAAAUCCCUGUUUAGCGUUUUGUAA